CUUGCGCAUGCCCGACGUUCUCAGAGUUAGGUUCAGCCGCCAUUGCAAUUUCAAGAAGUGAUAGUGCUUCGAGUUUUAUAUAUUUUAAUAAGUUGAUUGUGUGUACGCCAUUAUCAGGACUAUCAAGCAUUCACACGUAAUUUAUUGACAGUUCAGUUUAAAAGACUUUGUUCGAAGAAAGAAGAAGAGUGCAUAAAUUAGGUGAUGUCUGCAGGCGUGUCAGACCAGCGGAUGAAAGGACAAGGGAAUCAAGUUUCAAAUGGCCCAAAGGACCACGUAGGUGAACAUGAGGAUUUUGAUUCAUGGAGGACCCAACAUCAUCAGGGUUACAACACCCCAAUCUCUACAUCGAUGGCUUCAGAUCCCUACAUGUCAAACUACUAUGGAACAUCAUUCCCGUAUCAGGCAUUUGGUGUAGGCGAUGGGACAUGGUCAAAUGGAGGCGAUCCCAUGACGUUCCUAGGUGGAUAUGGGGGCCAAAUAGGACACGACUCGUAUGGCAUGGAUGGGAUGUUUGGGGGUGGGGGUGGUGGUUUCGGAACAGCAUUUGGACAGCCAGCAGCAGCUGCAGCAGCUGCUGCAGCAGGUUUCAACUAUUUCCAUGGCAAUGGUGAUUAUUCAACAUGGGGUAACUCUGCAGCCAUGUCGAGGAAACCCCACUAUGAUGACUACUAUCGAGGUGGGGACGGUAUGUAUGGUGCUGCUGCAGCAGCAGGAGUGGGCAGCUCAGCAGGUGGUGGAGUGGAUGGGCUUAAAGCAGUGGAGCAGGGUAUGCAGGGAUUGGGACUGUCAGAUGUGGCUGGUGGGAGUGGGGGAGUGACUCAGGGGGUUAUAAAAGUAGUGGAUGGCAAGGACCUAUCCAAACAGCAGCAGGAUGUGGCAGGGGGCAGCAAGACAAGUGGCAUGGACACAGGAGUUGGUGUGGGUGGGGGAAUGGUGGCUGUGCAGACAAAUGUUGCACCAGCACCUCAACCUCCCAAGAAGAUGACAUGGGCAUCCAUUGCAAGUCAGCCUGCAAAACCACAGCCCCCAGUGACUUCAAGUGGCAUGAAGAAGAAGGGUCCAGGCAUGCCUCCUCCACCCAUGGUGCCUGGCAAACACAAUAUGGACAUAGGAACCUGGGAGGGAAAAAACGGAGGUGCCAACUCAAUCAGCGGACCAAAACAGCCUGUUGGUCCUCCUCCCACAGCAAGGCCGGUUUGGGGUGGACCAGUGAGAGGAGGUGGACCAAGAGGGGCAGGGGGCCCUCCAGGGGGUGGAGCAGGUGGAUACCCUCCUGCUGGUGCCCCACCACAUCACCAUCCAGGUCAUCACCCUGGUCAGGUGACCAUUCUUGCAGGACCCCAUCAUCCUCACCAUCCUCAUCACCCUCAAGGGAGUGGAACUGGAGUACCUCCCCCACACCAUCUUCAACAGCAGCCCCCUGGCCCCCAUCCUGGCAGUGUGAUGGUUCCCACUCCGCUGCCAUCUCAUCCUGUGCUUGAUGAACUGCGUGUCAAAAACAAUUACAAUCCACCAGACUUUGAUUUGUCAGCCAAAGGGGCACGCUUCUUUGUGAUAAAGUCUUACUCAGAGGAUGACAUCCAUCGCUCCAUCAAGUAUGAGAUUUGGUGCUCAACUGAGCAUGGCAACAAAAGGCUGGAUCAGGCGUUCCGAGAACGUGAGACAAAAGGUGGUGGGGGCCCUGUCUACCUCUUCUUCUCUGUGAAUGGGUCAGGACAUUUCUGCGGAAUGGCACAGAUGGUUUCACCUGUGGACUACCAUGCCUCAAGCUCUGUCUGGUCUCAGGACAAGUGGAAGGGACAGUUUUGCGUGCGUUGGAUUUAUGUCAAAGAUGUCCCAAAUGUUCAGCUGCGCCACAUCAGGCUUGAAAAUAAUGAGAACAAGCCUGUGACCAAUUCAAGGGAUACACAGGAAGUGCCGUUUGAAAAGGGAAAGCAAGUAUUGCGUAUUCUACAUGGUUAUCGCCAUUCUACUUCAAUAUUUGAUGACUUUGUACACUAUGAGAAGCGACAGGAGGAGGAGGAUAGCCGCAAGGUGGUGCCAGAUGUAGGUGGUCCUGGAGGAGGUCGGGGUGGAGCUCCCCCACAACAAGGACAGCAAUCCAGUGGUGGUCCAGGUUCUGGUGGUGGUGAAAGAGGUGGCGGUCACCAUGGGGCUGGGAUGCCUCCUCAGCAGAAGGAUCGAGAUGGUGGUGGCAGAGGUAGAGGAAGAGGGGGAAGAAAUUAACAAGGAAAUUGUCCCCCUUAGCUUACUUCAAUUAUAUACCACAUUGUAUAACUGUUUUGAUUUAAAGAAUUCUGUACUAGAGGGUGAAUUUUCUAUUUUUUUUGUUUUUAAUGUUUUUGUUCUAGAAGAAAAAUGUGUAUGGACUUUGUGUGUAGAGGAAAGGUAUUCAGAACAUUUGCAUAUUUACACAUCUAACUAAUGAUUGUUUCCACUGUCACAUUUGUGUAAGGAUAAACUUGCUUGCUUUAACCUUGCAGUCAGACAUCAAGUAUGUUACUGUUUCCUCAAGGUAUUUAUGGAAGUGUGAUUUUUCUUGAAGCCAUCCUCCAUAUUGAUUCUUACACCUUUCUAAUAUAUGUGAUGCCUUAACUCACUUGGCACCAUCCUUUCUUUGCUUCUUGAGUUAUGGGUAUUGUGCAGGCACAUCAUGUUUAUUUUGCAAAACGUUGCUCCUUGCUAGUGUAUUGCAAGCCAGACUUUAAUGGCCUUUGAGUAUGGCAUGAAAGAACCUUAAUAUGUUUAUCAUCUGUUUAUUUAGGGAAUUCACUUAUUUAAAAAUGGAUUGUUCAGUCAUGUUUGGGAAGAAAUAAUUGUUUUUUUAUAUAAUCCUUUGGAGGAUGAACUGAAAUUUGCACUCAAAGAUUGCAUUUUGCAUCUACAACUGUACAGAUGGAAAGUCAUUCUAUCUGAAAACAUUGAGCUUUGCAUUUUCUAAUUUCAGUCUUAAAAGAGAAACAGUUGAAAUUUUGCGAAAUAUAAAUUUGUGAAGUGUUUGCCUUCUUUAUCCCCCACCACUUCUUGAUAGUAGAGAGGAUCCUCAGUUUUUAAAUAGGUGUUGCAUUAGAAUCCAAAGGGUCCAGGAGUGUUCAUAAAAGUUGCAAAAAUUAUGGCAGUUGAAUUUUGUUGUAUUGUAUGCAUGUUAACUUCCAUCAAUUCACUUUCAAUACUGAAUUGUGAAAUGUUUGUGUGACAAGACAUGCAAAUGUGAGCUUGGCAGAAUGCGUCCUUAUCAGGUACUAUGCCAUUGGGUGUUGUAGAUGCUUAAAUGCAAUAGAGCCUUUCUCUUUAUUAGAACAUCACCUAUCCUGAUGGUUUACUUUCACUGAGUUAAAACAAAUGGCUGGAACUGGAACAGAUAUAUCUAUAUAUAUAUAUAUAUAUAUAUAUAUAGCCCAAAAAGUUGUCAUAUGUAUAUAUGUGCAUUUUGAACGUUGUAGUAAUUAAUAAUGAAAAAUACCACAAAAUUAAGAGAUUGUUUCUGUAAUUCUGGUUUUCUAGCCUCUUCAAGGCAAUUUAAUGGCUACACUUUUUACAUAUCUAUGUGCAGAAUUUUAUGUUACAACUGUUUGGCUCAACAAAUUUGUGGUAGGUGCAGACAUCUCCCAGUUUCAUCCCUCCAAGUUCCAUAUUUUUAUUAAAUCUGCAUACUUUAUAAAGAAUUGUGACAGUGUUGUAUGUUCACAGAUUGGCUUUCAGUAACUUGCUCUUGUAAUGGUCAUAUUCUUGACAAAGCUGUAUCUUUUGUGAUUCUUCAUACUGUUUUUCAGUGAAGGCAACAGUCUCUUUUACUGCUGCUUUCAGUUUACUUUGACAGCACCAUUAUGAAAUGAAAUGCAAGAAGCAAAGCAGGCAAGGUAACUGCAGUUGUUGCCUGCGGUUUUUAACAUCGACAGAACAGAAAUCUGAAUGCUGGAGAAAAGCUCUGGCAACAGAGUUUCUUACUAGGAUUUGUAGUUCUUGCCCCAUAACUUGAUCAGUAGCUGUCAUGUAUUUAUUUUCUUGAGAAAAGAGCAAGCUUCUGAUAGCAAUUUUUGCAUUUUGUGUACUCUGGCAGUGGACCUUAUUGGAAAAUGAAAAUGUCAUUGUCAUAGGUAUGUUGCCACUAGAUAACGUGUUAAUGUCUGUUUUAUGUACUGGCAGGCAUUCCUUUUUUGAAACAUAUUUCUUUGACAGUGCAGUGUUUUUGUAUCUCUUGUUAAACAAUCAUAGAGUGUAUGGUUAGUGAAAGAAUGUUUGGAAACAUUUCAGAUAUAAAGCUCAUACAUAGACCAUCAUUCCCACCCCUAUAAAUGUUUUAAGCUUUCUGUACCAGUUCAUCUUUUGCGGUACUGCUGUGGUUUUUUAUGUUCAUAAGAUAGCCACAGGUUUCUAUUAAUGACACGAUUUACAUUUAUGAAUUGUGGUCUUUCCUGAUUUAAUCACAUCAGAUAAAAAUGUGUGUCUUGAAACAUAGUCUUUUUAAUUUAUAAAAACGAUAUCAUAACUUGUGAAUUUGGAGAAGUAUGCAGUGGAUGUAAUGACCUCAGUGUGGAAAUGAAACAUGUUUGGACUUUGUUUUAAGAGGGCUUAAAUUUCAGUAUUUUAAUAAUAUACUGGUAUAUCAGUCUCUUUCCUUUUGGAUAUAGUGCAUUGUGAAUGCCAGGUUUCUGUCAACUGGGAAUAGGAAAUGAACCAUCUUCCCUUUGAUACAAAUUAGUAUGCUGUGGUAUGACAGUUUUGUACAAAGAGUCUAUAGUGUUUGGUCAUUCAUAGAAAUGCUUAUUAUAAAAAGUAUUUGAUAUUAGUCUUCCACAGCAACACAGGUGGUUUCUACCUUUGGGUCUCUUUAUUUAGGUUUCAGUUUACAGUUGUACUACUCAGACUGUAAUAGUUUUGCAACAUUUGAUGAUAGGUAGGACCUGUGGCUGUACACAACCAUCAAGAAAUGAAAGGAAUUUUUAUUCCACUGACUUCAAAUAAAAAAAGAAAUAUCCCCCCAGAUCUGUCAGUCCGCUAUGGUGAUAUUCUGGUUAAAGGACAUACUCUAAGUACUGCUAUGUGUGCAUUCGAAAAUGUUUGCUUGUCUGCUUAUUAAAAAUUUGGAUAUUCAUGCAAAUUUGAACCUUUUGAAGGGCAGGUUUUAGUUUACAUUCUUGGCAGACAAGCAGUGCUCCACACUUUGUACAAAAAUAUAUUUACAGUCAGUAGAAUGUUGGUAAAGUUUAUGUUUUUACUUACAUUUGUAAGUACCUACAUUGUGAUGUCCAUUUAAUUUUAAUGUCAUUUGGUAUCAGUACCUGAGGCCAAUUUACAUGAUUUUUUGAGCAUUUAUGAGUCAAAUUGAGGCAACAGUUGCCAUUAGAUUGGGAUAUUCUCUUACCAUGAACAAGAAUGGUUUGGGAUCCUUGAGUAGUACAGGAGCUGUAUACAUGUGAUGAUGUGUGUUAUAGCUGCUGUAGGUUUUCAAAUAGGCAGUUGGAAGCUCUCACCUUGUACAGCCUUCAUUCUGAUGAGUGCUGUGUUUGAAUGUCUUUAAAUCUGUUGCUUUUCUUAUGGACAAAUGGUGUGUCUGUGGUUUGUGCUAGUGUCAGUCUGCCAGUGUACCAGAAUGCUAACUUGUCUUAAUCCUCAUGUUGUAUAUUUGUGAAUUGUAUAAAAAAACAUGAUUGACUUUUACUGGUUGAAAUGAUCUGAUUGGUGGAGAGGCAUGGUGUUUAGAAAGAUCCACUGGAUGGUUGAAGCCUCUGGUUGCAGUAUGUGAAACGACUACUUACAAUAUUACAUAUUAUCAAAGGGAUUGCUAAAAGGAAAAAUAAAUUCACCCAGUUUAAUUAACUUUUGUGUUUAUAUGGCAAGCUCCCACUGGUCUGGUCAUUGGCCAUUGCCCAGUCACUAGUUGAGGGGAUGGAAUCGACUGAGGAGAGAAUAGUAUGGACUGAUAGCAACACAAGUGUUGUUAGGAGCUGUGAUGAUGAUGGUGGUGGAUUUUUGCUUUUUGUCAAGUGGAACAGAAUAGUGGCACUUGCUAGAUAGAGUCAGUGUGUCAUGAAGAACUGUUGUGUUGUGUUUUCGGAGAAACAAACCAUAGUGCACUCUUUUCUUUUAACUAGAUUAUUGUUUGGUAUGUAAACAAUUGCGACAGUAAACAAGACAGUUUAAAUCCGUAAACGGAAUUCAAGAAGCCUUUGUUUUUUUUAAAUGAAAGUUAAAAGAGUUCUGCAUAAUGACACUACUACAAGAAGAAACAUUUAACAAGUGUGUAGUGAUAAUCUUGCUUCAAAACUUCUUUUUUAUCUCAUAUUUUUUCCACAACCACAUUUAUUUAAUGUUCUUGUUUUCUUUUUGGGGUUUGGACCAUUUAAAAGGAAAUAACAUUAUUAGUGAGAAAAUGAAACAAAUAUGGAAAACAAAAAUUUUUGGACCCUGAAAAGAAUUAAAGACUGCAGUGAAAUUUCAAAUGAUACUUUUAAAGGAGUAUGUACUCAGAGAGGAAGUUGGCAGCAGUGCUGAACUCAUAGGGCACCAUCUUUUCUUUGAAAAAAUAUAAGUGAACUUUCUGAGAAGUUAUAAUAUUAACUUUGAAAUGGACCUCAAUCAAUUGGUAGCGGACAUUACAAUAAAAGAGCAGUGUGUGUGCGAGUGCAUGAUUGUGUUUUGUUUGAUUUUGAUGGGUUUGGACAGUGUUCUGUCAGGUGCAGAAAGAUUUUAGUGACAAGUAAAGAAGAUUAAUCAGGAGAGAAAAAAUUAAAAUAAAAUUUUCAGCAAUGAUAUUAGCAUUUAAAAGCCAUAAAUUGUUAAUAGAAUUGGAAUUUUUCACGUAAAACUGUCAUUUAUUGGCUUAAUACUAGUACCUUAAGGCCAGGCUUCUAAGAAUUAUUUUGGGUGAUGAUUGGGUAUUCAUAAAUGCCACAAAUGUAGAAAUUGUUACUAUUGUCAUGACCUUUGUAUCAUGUGAACAUUGAUUGCGAGUCAUGAACUUUGUGUGUGCGCAAAGCUUUGUCCAUUUUUUAACCCCUUAUGUAAGUUUCUUGCAAUGUGAAAGCAUGAUAUAAUGUUUUCUCUAUUAUUUCUGAUAUGUAUCUCAUAUUGCAUUACUUUGUGUGAACAGGUAUUUUGAAAUGGCAGGUUUUUGGUAUUUAUGAGGUUUGUAGGUGCAAAUGUAUUUCUUCUAGUAUGUUCACGUAGUAUGUUCAUUUGGUUAAUUUACAUUUCCCAGGUGCUAACUGUGAUGUUAAGUUCAUAUUUUUACUAUUUGGAAAGUUACUAACAUCUUUGUCAUAAAUUUUUCUUUUAAAGAAUGGACAAAGUUUAGGGGAUCUGACUAGUGGGAAAAUAUUGUUGAUAGCUAAAUAAAAGCAUCAAUUAUGAAAAUCA